AUGAAAUUGUGCAGAGCUUACUGUAGUGAAAUUCCACAAAAUGUUCUCAAGAACAAGUCCUCCAUUUUUCACAAAUCGAAAAGUGUGUUACCGCUACCGACACAAAUACUACAUCCAUUCUAUUCACCUAGCAGGAACGAAGAGCUCACGGCAUGCUUCAAAGAAGUGAGACCUGAGCUUUUGGACGGGAAACGUAUUAUGCCUUGCCUCUUGAAGGAUUCUGUGACCCUGGCACCAAUUCUAAAAUAUUGUAGUCUCAAGUUUGACACCGUUAGAGGUGUGAAUAAAUGGUUGCAGGAGUUCAAUGAUGGUAGAUCUCAAAAAAGAUAUGUUUUUAUCGAUGACAAAGAUACCACAAAAUAUUGUAAACCUAGCAAGUUAGAAGGCACUACUCCACCAGAGGUGAAGGAACUUGCAGAACUUUUCAACGCCCAAGAAAAAGAUAUCGAGCUACAGACACUAGAUUCAGUUCUGGAUGAACUUUUGACAUCUGAGAGUUUUCCAGUAUUUUGCGAAGACAUAUUUUCCUACUUGCUAGAACAUCAUGUGAAAUCCAUUGAAAAUAUUACUGUAAUUGUUGAUUCUAUAAAAUGUCGCCUACAUUCUGAUAUCGAUCAAUUCACAGUCGCUGAAAAUUUGAUAUUUCAAGUCCUGCUAUGUAUGAAAAAAAAAAAUAUGGAGGCCAGCAGCAAAUUUAUGGCAUCAUUAGAAGAUUUGCUUGACACGUUAGGCCACCGCUUUCACUUGCCCUCAACUGCGUCUCAAUUCCAACCAGAAGUUAAUCAAGCUGUUCUAGAGUAUUUCAUUAAUGUUGGCAAGGUAAACGAGUGCAAAACUACCCUGGGUCAUAUUAUCUCUGAGGGUUUUUUACCGAAAGAGAGAAUUAGUGUGAAGUAUCUGCAACUGUUAGACAAAAAAUUUGGGACUCAGCCAUCGGAGAGCAAUCUCCUGAAGAAAUUUGCUUAUAUUUCUGACUUUCGGCCAAUUAUAGAAAAUGGUGAGACUUCCUGUCUCUUCAACCACUUAAUAUAUUAUUGUCGACACUUCAAUGAAGUUGCUAGUUUGUGCGAUAUUAUCAAAAAGAGAGUAUGUGCAAAGGAGAUUUUUGACGAUUGUUUGGGGAGUUUCAUUGCUCAAACUGGUAAUCUAGGUUCGUCAAAUAUGGAAAGGUCUUCAAAUUUAUGCUCACUUUACCUAACAGUUUUGCCGUACUAUAAAAAUAAGCUGCCUGAGAGGCACUCGGCAUUGUUCAUUUCUGAAUUUGCCAAACAUCAGAAUUACCAAAUGAUAUCUACAAUUUUGGAGACGCAGGAGAUGAAUAUAUCUGCCGAUAUACUGGUGUCAAUUUUGCAAAAAUCUCAAAAACCACAAUUGAAGAAAGAAUCAAGAGAAGCUCAAGAAAAGGUGGCGAAAGCUAAAUUCAUCAGAAAAUAUGUUCUAAACAGUGACGAUAAGGUGGCAUCAGACUCAAGGGCAAGAGCAUUAUCAUUCCUUGAUAUUCUAUGA